ACACUCAGCUGUUUCAGUCAGUAGUCAGCUGAUCGGACUCGUGGUACUUGUGCGCGGGACCACGGCUCUCCAUACGGCUCACUUUACAUCAAUGUACACGCCGUUGAAACUGGAUUACUGGUGCUUUGAGUGAUUAUUUGUGGAAUGCAAUACAGGAACAAGAACAAAUCUAACUAGUGGUGAUACAUGAAUACACUAAUCGUAACAAAACCUAGUGCCUAAUCGGAGGAAUCGGCGCCUGUGAUCUGGGCGCCCAAGCAAGAGAGAGGCGGAGAGAGCGAGCGGAGAGGCCGACGGGCAGCGAGCAGACCGUAGGCGGAGCUCGGUGCAGCCGCGGCGACAAGGAACCGUCUGGAGGCAUCGCGGGCGGUGAGAGUGUUUCUGCCCAGCCAGGCCUCCCUCCCCGCGAGCGCUGCUCCCACACCUGUUACUGCUGACGGAGGCGCGCCUGCUGACGCCUACGUGAGGUGCUGACGGCAGCUGGAAGCGCGGUAAAUAAGAAAUCCCCCGGGAGGAGAGCCCGCCCACGCGCAGCACCAACAGCUGGUGUCCGCAGGGCAAGUGGCGGGUCGUGUCCCCGGGCGAGCUGUAGCGUCACCACCACCCUGACGGCGAGACCGCGCCAUGGGGGUGCACAGGACACUAGCGGAGGAGCCCGGCGGGAGCUUAGAGACUCUGGAGGAGGAGGAGGAGGAGGAGGAAGUUGUGGACUGCCUUCAGCGACGCCUCCACCACCAUGGCUACCCCCAGCGGCACCACUCCCCGACCGGCAGCACGGACAGCGACGUCCUCAACAACAACCAAGUGGACUCCGGCAAAGUUAACCUCACGGGAAAAGGGAGAGUCGACAUGGCCCAUUUCGAAUUGCUCAAGGUCUUAGGCACAGGGGCAUAUGGAAAAGUGUUCCUGGUGCGGAAGGUUUCAGGAAGAGAUGCAGGGAAACUUUAUGCAAUGAAGGUGCUAAAGAAAGCAACUAUUGUGCAAAAGAAGAAGACCACAGAACACACCAAGACAGAACGCCAAGUCCUGGAGGCAGUCCGUCAGAGUCCUUUCCUCGUCACCCUUCACUAUGCCUUCCAAACCGAUGCCAAGCUUCAUCUCAUUCUAGAUUAUGUAAGUGGCGGAGAACUCUUCACACACCUCUAUCAGCGGGAAAGAUUUCGCGAAGAAGAGGUUCGGCUUUACAUUGGAGAGAUCAUCCUUGCCCUUGAGCACUUGCACAAGCUGGGCAUAAUAUACCGUGAUAUCAAGUUGGAAAAUAUCCUCCUAGACUCAGAUGGGCAUAUAGUACUGACGGAUUUCGGUCUCAGCAAAGACUUCCUUCCCCAUGACACAGAGCACAGAGCCUACUCUUUCUGUGGUACGAUUGAGUACAUGGCACCUGAGGUGGUGCGUGGGGGCUCACAUGGCCAUGAUCAGGCGGUAGACUGGUGGAGUGUUGGUGUAUUAACGUAUGAAUUGUUAACGGGAGCUUCACCAUUUACUGUGGAAGGAGAGAAAAAUAACCAGCAGGAGAUUUCAAGACGAAUCUUGAAGACCCAGCCCCCACUACCAAGUGAACUGUCGUCUGAGGUUCGUGAUUUUAUCUCCCGGCUUCUUGUGAAAGACCCUCGUCAACGGCUAGGAGGCGGUCCAAGGGAUGCUGAAGAGCUGAAGGAACAUAAAUUCUUCAAGACUAUAAACUGGGAUGACCUGGCCAAGAAAAAAGUCCCAGCUCCCUUUGUUCCUCGUAUCAGCAAUGAACUUGAUGUCAGCAAUUUCUCAGAGGAGUUUACAGCUAUGGUUCCUCAAGAUUCCCCUGCCAUAGUUCCCCCAGAUGUGGAUAAAAUGUUCAAUGGCUACUCAUAUGUAGCACCUUCAGUCAUCUUUACUGAAAAUGUUGUUAGUGAUUCUCUCUUCAAGAUGUCUCCAGACAGAAGACCAGACACAAAUAAUCUAAUGGCUUGUAGCUUCAAGGAUUCUGCAUUUUUCCAGCAUUAUGAAUUAGAUCUACGAGAAGGCAUACUAGGUGAUGGCAGUUUUAGUGUGUGUCGUAGAUGUAUCCAAAAAUCUACAGGCCGUGCCUUUGCUGUGAAAAUUGUGUCGCGCAGGUUAGACUGUCAACAGGAAAUUAAUUUACUACGUGCUUGUCAAGGACAUUCCAAUAUAGUUACCUUCCAUGAAGUUUUUUAUGAUGAAGCGCACACAUACAUUGUUAUGGAACUUCUUGAGGGAGGUGAACUUCUUCAGAGGAUCAGAAAACACGAAAGAUUCACAGAAGCACAAGCGUCAGUCAUCAUGCAGAGUCUAGUGUCUGCUGUCCAUUAUAUGCAUACAAAAGGUGUUGUACAUAGAGACCUGAAGCCAGAGAAUCUCCUUUUCAAAAGUUCCUCGGAAGACUCAGAAAUCAAGGUUGUGGACUUUGGCUUUGCCCGCAUGAAGCCAGAAAAAGAUGGAUGUAUGAAGACCCCAUGUUUCACUCUUCACUAUGCGGCUCCUGAAGUUUUGCGACAGGCAGUUCAGCAGGGUGCUGCGGGUUAUGAUGAAACUUGUGAUUGGUGGAGUUUAGGUGUUAUUUUGUAUACCAUGUUGUCUGGUAGAGCCCCAUUUCAGUCAAGAAGUAAAGACGACACCUCAGCAUCUAUUAUUGCUCGCAUAAAAGGUGGAAGUUUUGACAUGUCUGGACCAGAGUGGCUAACUGUGUCAACUCAGGCAAAGAAACUUAUUAAAGGAUUGUUGACGGUAGAUGCCUCAAAACGUCUGACCAUCAAUGAAUUGUUGCAAGACGAGUGGUUGCAAGGUGGCCCGCCUUCUGUGUUCUCGGCCACGCCACUCAUGACCCCUACCAUUCUCAGUGCAAGGCCGACCCUCAAAGGACCUGUGUCAGCGGAGGCAGGGGUCAAACAAACCUUUCAUGCAUUCCAUAUGGCCACCAGAGAAGGCUUCCGUUUGUUAGAUGUCAGCAAUGCACGAUUGGCCCAGCGCCGGAAAAACAAAAAGUCAUCCACUGACGCCCGGAGCCAUUCUUCUACCUCAUCCCUCUCCUCUACCUCAUCAGCGUCUUCCCUCACUUCUACUCGUACACCUAGUAAAUCAGACCGUUGUAGUUCCUCACUAGGUGCGACUCCAAAGAAGGAGGAGAGCAUAUUUGACUUUGGGGAAGCAAGAGUCAAGGCAUAUUUGUCAAGCAUAGAGUCACCAUCGGAACCUACCUUCCCUGCCACACCCAGCAUAGCUCUUACGUUGCCAAGCCCACGGUUAAAAGGCAGUUCAAAAGGUAGUUCCCUUGGUUCGUUUGACUUAUCAAGAGGAGACAAAUCAAGUGAACCACAGUCAAAAUCAGAAACUUCCAUAGGUCCGUCUCCAGAAGUCUGCUCCCCUAACAGUAUGGUGUCUUAUAGGAAGGAAGAACAGUGCCUUGCAUCUCAAAAACAGUGUGAAGUCAGUGAGACCCGGAGAGAAGAUGUCUCAAGGACCAAAUGUCCUGGAAAUACACUCAAGCCCUCCCUGUGCCUAGGUGGCGAGUUCUCUGGCCCACAGACUCGAUCACGGAAAAGAAAGCUAGAAAAAAUCUGUGAUGCUGAAGUGACUGUAGUUAAACACGUGUUCAAAGGUAGAAACACUCGUAGUAAGAGAUUUGAUACUAUAGUAAUAGAUGAUUGAUGAGUGAGAGAGUUUUAAGGCAUUACAAGACACUUUCCAGAUUUUCAGUGAGUAUUUUAUCUCCUAUAGCUUAAAGCUCAGAGAUUGCUUUAUUAUAUAACUAAAUGUAAAUUAUAUAUCUGAUCUGAUGUGUACAUACAGAUUACAAUAAUAUUAUAACAUUUAUGCUCUGAAGUCUGUGUUAUGUAGGAGUUUACAUGUGCAAUCAGAAAAAAUCCAUAAAUAAAAUGCACUUCACAA